AUGGAGCUGGGUUUGGUUGGAUGUAUUGGUGAUGUUUGGGAGCUGAGGGUGCGGAGGGUACGGAGGAGGGGGAGGACAGGAGGAGUGUACCUGCUGUUGCUCUGCUUGCUGCUGGCUGCUCACACCACAGCGCACGCCUCAGAUGCCUCCUCGUAUUCCUCCUCCUCCUCGAGUCUCGGAGGUUUCGUGGAUUUCACUUUCACCCAGGACCCUCAGGAUACGGUGACGGUGCGAGGGGGGGUGCUGCAGCUUGACUGCCAGGCCCAGUCCAAUUCAGUGGCAGGACCUCUCAUCAUCACAUGGCGUAAGGAUGGCGUGCUGCUGAGUGCAGUGGUGGACGAGCGGCGGCAGCAGCUGGCGAACGGCUCGCUGCUGGUGCAGAAUGUUGUACACUCGCGGCACCACCGACCUGAUGAGGGCGAUUACCAGUGCCUCGCCACACUGGACGGACUGGGGAGCAUUGUUAGCCGAAGUGCCAGGGUCACUGUGGCCGGUCCGUUGAAGGUGGUCAUCCCCACUGAAUCAGUUUCCUCAUACCUCGGUGACACUGCCCUGCUGCGCUGUGAGGUCUCAGGCGACCCAACGCCCAUCAUCCGCUGGCAAAAGAACCGGGAGGACCUACCGCUGACCUUUGACCCCGACUCCCGCCUGGCUGUGCUGCCGUCCGGCUCACUGCAGGUCAGUCGCGUCCAGCCGCCAGACUCAGCCACGUACCGAUGUCUGGCCGACAACCCCGGCAGCACAAGGACAGGGACGGACGCCGAGCUCCGAGUGCUCCCAGAGCCUGGGGUGAGCAGGAACCUUCAGUUCCUCCAGCGUCCAUCCAAAGUGACGGUUCUGCUGGGAACUGACGCUGUGCUUGAAUGUUCUGCUUCCGGAUACCCAACUCCGAGCAUCCAGUGGAGGAGAGGAGAGGAAAUGAUCCAGAGCUGGAAUAAGAAAUACUCUCUGCUGGUGGGCAGUAAUCUCAUCAUCAGGAGUGUCACUGACGACGACUCUGGCAGUUACAGCUGUACAGCCGCCAACAAGAACCACAACAUCACUGCAAACACAGAGCUGAGUGUACUAGUGCCUCCUCAGUUUCUGAACUAUCCGACCAACACGUACUCCUACGAGUCGACGGACAUGGAGCUGGAGUGUGCUGUGACAGGAAACCCCCCGCCAACUGUCCGCUGGAUGAAGAAUGGAGAGGAAGUCAUCCCCAGCGACUACUUUCAGAUAGUGGACGGCAGUAACCUGCAGAUUUUGGGUUUGGUGAAGUCAGACGAAGGAUUUUAUCAGUGUGUAGCUGAAAACUCAGCCGGCAGCUCGCAGGCGAUGGCUCAGCUGCUGCUCCGAGAGCCAGUGUCCCCCAGCCCAGGCGUUGCCCUUCCCUCUGCCCCCCGCGACCUGGUCCCUGUCCUAGUGUCCAGCCGAUUUGUCCGACUCAGCUGGAGCCCCCCAGAGGAGACCGGUGGAACUGUGCAGACCUAUGGCAUUUAUUACUCCCAGGACGGAGUCGAGAGGGAACGGUCAGUGAACAUUUCAGAGCCGGAGUCUCUGGAGCUGAUGGUGUCCAACCUGAAACCAGAGGAGAGCUACAGCUUCAGAGUCAUUGCUUACAAUGACAGGGGGCCAGGAGAGAGCUCUGCCCCCCUGAGGAUCACCACCAAACCUGACCUCCAGGUUCCCAGCAGGGUGGAGUCUCUCCUAGCUGAGGCUCUGUCUCCCACCUCCGUCCAGGUGAACUGGGAGCCUCCCAGCCAACCAAACGGCCCCAUCCUGAGCUACAGACUGCUGUGGACCGAGAGCCCGUCAAGCAAGGAACAGAGUGUGGAGGUGAACGGACUCAACUACAAGAUGGAGGGACUCAAUAAGUUUACAGAGUACACAGUUCGAAUAGUGGCGAUCAACCGCUACGGACCAGGCACCGCACUAGAGACCGUCAGUGUCACCACCCAAUCAGACGUACCCAGUGCUCCUCCGCAGAACAUCACCUUAGAGGUUGUCCUGUCCAGGAGCAUCAAGGUGUCAUGGCAGCCGCCUCCGCGCAGCGCCCAGAAUGGCAUCAUCUCCGCCUACAAGAUCAAAUACAGGAAGACUGGUCGCCGUGGAGACCAAGAGGCCAUCGAACCCAACAAUUUCUGGUACCUGUUCACAGGUCUAGAGAAGGGCAGUCAGUACAGUUUCCAGGUAGCAGCGAUGACAGCUAAUGGAACAGGUCCGGCCAGUGACUGGUACACAGCUGAGACGCCAGAGAACGACCUGGAUGAGAGUCAGGUGCCCGACCAACCCAGCUCUCUGCAUGUCAGGCCGCUGCCCAACAGUAUUAUCAUGUCCUGGACUCCACCCCUCAGCCCAAAUAUCCUUGUUCGAGGUUAUAUCAUCGGCUACGGAGUGGGAAGUCCCUAUGCCGAGACGGUCAGAGUGGACAGCAAACAGAGAUACUACUCCAUCGAAAACCUAGAGCCGAGCUCGCACUAUGUGAUUUCCCUGAAGGCAUUCAAUAAUGCCGGAGAGGGAGUCCCUCUGUAUGAGAGCGCUGUCACACGGUCUCUGACAGACCCCAUAGACCCAUCUGAGGAUGACCUCUUCCACCACUUUGAUAAAUACCCCACUCCCAUGCCAGACACCAGUACUCCCAUGAUCCCCCCGGUGGGGGUCCAAGCCGUGGCUCUGUCAUCGGACUCGGUCCGCGUCUCCUGGGCCGACAACUCCAUGACCAAGAACCAGAAGGCGUCUGAGGUCCGGUAUUACUCUGUCAAGUGGAAGACCAGCUACUCCACCAGUGGAAAGUACAAGUCCGCAGACACCACGGCGCUCAGCCACACGGUCACCGGUCUCAAACCAAACACCAUGUACGAGUUUGCUGUCAUGGUAACCAAAGGUCGCAAGUCCAGCACUUGGAGUAUGACAGCACACGCCACCACGUAUGAAGCAGCUCCUAGCUCCGCCCCCAAAGAUUUGACAGUGAUCAGUCGCGAGGGACGACCCCGCGCCAUUUUAAUCAGCUGGCAACCGCCAAUGGAGGCAAAUGGACGAAUCACAGGUUACAUCCUGUACUACACGCUUGAUAAGAACAUGCCGAUAGAUGAUUGGGUGAUGGAGGCAAUCACAGGGGACCGGCUGACUCAUCAGGUUGUGGAUCUGAACCUGGACACGGUUUAUUACUUCAGGAUUCAGGCCAAGAACACCAAAGGAGUUGGCCCGCUGUCUGAGCCCGUCCACUUCAGAACCGCCAAAGUGGAACAUCCAGACAAGAUGGCCAAUGAUCAAGGUCGAGGGGGGGACCACGCGUACUGGCCGUCCGACACCAACCCAAUUGACAGGAGCAGCAUCAACGAGUCUCCCAUUGGUCAGAUGCGUCCACCUCACGGCAGUGCCACGCCUCAAAAGAAUAGUAACCUCCUGGUCAUCAUCGUAGUUUCCGUGGGAGCCAUCACUGUGGUCGUGGUUGUCAUCGUGGCACUCAUCUGCACCCGGCGCUCCUCCGCCCAUCAGAGGAAGAAGAGAGCGAGCCAUAGUGCCAGUAAGAGGAAGGGCAGCCAGAAGGACUUGCGGCCUCCUGACCUCUGGAUCCAUCAUGAGGAGAUGGAGAUGAAGAACAUGGAGAAAGUUCCCAGCGUCGCCCCAUCUGGCUGUGAUUCUCCCAACCAGUCUUGCCAGGACCUCCCCCAGGUUGCACACAGCCAAUCAGAGAGCCAGAUGGGCAGCAAGAGUAGCCACUCAGGAGCUGACGGUGACGAGGCCUCAAGCAGUAUCUCCACUCUGGAGCGCUCCCUGGCUGGCAGGAGGGGAACACGAGGCAAAAUGAUGAUUCCUAUGGACUCACAGCCGGGCAACACACCGGUGGUCAGUGCCAUCCCGGUGCCAGCUCUGGACUCCACUCAGUAUCCUGGUAUCCUGCCUUCACCUUCCUGUGGCUUCACUCACAACAAGUUCAGCCUGAGACCGAUGCCUUUCCCAAGCCUGACCGUGGACAGAGGAUACACACCAGCGAUGCCUACAGACACCUCCACCAACCCUCUCCUCCAGCAGCAGCCUCCACCCCAGCCGGUCCCUCCGCUCCUCCCUGGUUCCUCCGCACCGCCCGGGGAACAUGUUCCUAGUGUUGGCCCAAUCCCAGGGGCCCCUGCUGCUGCUGCCACCGAGGAGGCGCAGGCCGGGAGCGGUCGGACCAUCCCAACAGCUUGCGUGCGGCCCACCCACCCGCUACGAAGCUUUACCAACCCGUUGCUGCCACCACCCAUGGGGACCAUUGACCCCAAGGUGUACACCUCCAUGAUGCCACAGUCCAGUGCAAGCCUUCCGAAGCCCCAGGUGAAGACAGCCUCUCUGGGUCAGGCCAGUAAGGCUCGCUCCCCUCUGCUGCCCGUCUCAGUUCCUACAGCGCCAGAUUUAUCGGAGGAGGGAGGAACAAGACCCGCAGAGGAUUCAGCUGCCAACAUUUACGAGCAGGACGACCUUUCGGAGCAGAUGGCCAGUCUAGAAGGGCUGAUGAAGCAGCUCAAUGCUAUUACCGGCUCCGCCUUCUAACCUCUGAUACCGCUGCCCUGCCCAGCCCCAGCCAGGGACCACUGUGGAACCCGUCUUCAAGCCUUGAUGUCACCUGCUGUCCAUAUGUUUAGGGUGGCAACAUGUCAAUCGGGGUUUGAAGAUGCCUCUGUGGAAUCGGACCUCUUUCUGUGCUGGGUUGAGUUUGUUUGGUUUGUACUGGUCUUGGCUAGUGUCUACUGUUUGGGACCGGGAUAGGAUGGAAGGGAAUCAAACAAAGGAUAAACACUACAGCAGCACAGCAUCAACUCCAAAAACAGGACAAAGUUAGAGGGGCUUUUUUAGGAGUUCAAGCUGAAACCCUUCUAGACUCUUCAACCUCAAACACAAAACCAGAAAAACCCAAUGCCUAGCACCUCGGCUUGAUUACGCAGGAUGGUGGGAUUUUCACAAAAAAAAGACAAAGUCCUAAAAUCCCUCCUGUUUCUCUUCUUUUUGGUAUUUAUUAGCGUCCUUUUCUGCUGAGUUGUACACAACUCAGUUACUGUGACUGUACCUCACUUAUUUUUCAUGAUUGCUGUUAAAAAUAUUCCUUUUGUCUUUUGUUUGGGUAUUCCAACUGUGUGCAAUUACAGGAUGAGUAUAUGGUUUGAAAAUGCCACCAGAACCUACAGUAAGAACUAGAAAACACACACAAAACACACACCAAGUGUCACCAAAAUGUUCUUUUUGUCACCGGGGUCUGAGGUCAAGGUGAUCCUCUCCGGGAGUUUUUUGCAUUUUUUUCUCAAUAUCUCUCUUUUUCCUAUCUCAAUCAAAACAGUAUGAUUUCACUGAACCAACCAUCACCCAUAACCCAUGCAGCCCUUCCACCUCUGGAUUCUGAGGUCUAAAAGAAGGAAUAAAGGGAUAGAAACAAGUGUGAGAAGCUACUAGAGCGGUCUGGAUCGCCUGAUUGGGAUCCAGCUGACUCUACUCUUACAGGACUGUAUAGAAACCUCUAUAGGCCCACAGUAUGUUGUUGCUCUUGACCAAGCCUUUACUCUCCCUAACUAAGACAAACUCAAAUCUUUACCUACAAGAACUUGUGCCAAAUUAUCAUCUUGGAAAACUUAUUGUAACGUAUUUUGUUUUUGUUCCUUGUUCAAGGCUGUCUAAGUCCCAACCAAGUCAAUGAAAAGCAGUAAGCUGAUCUGUGUUAAAGCAGUGUUAUAAGAAAUCUGGAUUUGGAUUGGUAGCACCCAUCAUGGACUUAUGAAGCUUGGCUUUGGAUAAUACGUAGUGAUUGGUUCUUUUGAGAAAUGUGUUCAUAUUUGGUCUUAACACCUCGUUCACAAUUUGUCACGUUGCACUGUAUGAAUGUCACAUUCAGUGCAUCACGUUGCCCCCUGCUGGUUGGAAUACUACUACUACUACUACUACUACUACUACUACUACUAAUAAUAAUAAUAAUAAUAAUAAUAAUAAUAAUAAUAAUAAUAAUAAUAAUAAUAAUAAUAAUAAUAAUAGAACGAUCACAGUCUGCGAAAUGGAAAGAAGUUAACUGAAGACUGUGUGCUUUUGGAACACCUGUGUAUGUGUUCAUAAAAGACAGUAACAUUUUGCAUGCACAGUCAUUGAAGCAAGAUUAUAGUAUAAAAAUAUAUAUAUUUGGAGCACCGACAAAACACAAUGUUGUCGUGAGAAAGAGAAAUUGAAUUCAUACAAAAAUAAGAAGACUGCUAUCCCUGUUUUCUUGAGAAAACAAAGAAAUAGAAAAUAAUUAAUUGUGAAGGAGGUGUUACAAGAAUCAAGUUCUUAGUGGAAUUAUUAUCAUUUGUAUUAUUAUUGAGAUUAGAGAUGGUAGUGGGCAGCAGAUGAUGGUGAUAACGAGUCAUCUUUACCGUUUAUUUGAAUGAAUUCAUAUUUAUUUUUUACAAGAAAAACACACAUGUACCUCUGUCGACCUUGAUCGCCCAUAUGGGAAAAUUGCUAAAUCGCCAGCUUCACUUUGAGUUUACUUCAGGGCGUUCCGUUUUAUACAAAAAAAUCUGAAAAUAAUUAAGAAAAACAUACACACAAAUAACGCAUAUUCCGCAAAGUAUAUUUUUACAUUCGCUGUCCUGUCAGACCUGUGUUUUUUAAAUCAGGUUUUAUCAAACACACUUCCACAGAGAGCUACUUUUGAGGUCAUGAGCCACUAUGAAAAUUGAUAACCUAUAGCCUUUGAAUGCAUCAAAAGAAGUUACAUGUUAUUAAAAAUGAAAUGAUUAACUGGAAUGGAGAGAAUCUGUUGCGCCGUUUUUAGUUAUAUUUUAAAAAGUGGAAUGAGGAACAAAGCUUAUAGUGUCAUGGUUUCAGGAUGACCUCAGAGAGCAUCCGCCUUUUACUUAUUUAAAACAACUAGAUUUGUAUUGACAGCAGGAAAGAACAAUCAGAUUUUCAGAAUUAGUGUGAGAAUGAAAGGGCUUUGAUAUUUUUUGGGAGUAUGCAGAUAGACAGCAGCUUAAAAUGAUUCACUAAUCAGCUGAGAGGAAAAAAACAUGCCAUCAGUAUGCUCCAUAUUUGACUGUGUAACCCCAGUCACCAUAUUGUAAUUGUCAGACCUUUAUCUUUCUGUGAUGAAAGGAAAAAGCCUGAGGGAGACGGAGGCAGAGAAGGUGAAUUGAUAUUCAGAGGUGGUUUGUAUGUGCGAGCUAGGACACGAAGGAAUCAGGCCGAGAAUUCAUUAUAAAGCUGUUUCAAAUAUUAUGAUUCAAGCUCACGCUCGCUGGGCUGUUACGACUAUGGGGAAAAGUCUCGCGGAUGGAGGGGAUGGAAAGGUAACGUCUCUACAGAACGAGCAUGGGAUGAAAGGUGAACGAACGCAGGCAAGCGGGCAGUGCGGGGAUCAAACUCAUCAGCGUGUUCUGGGAGAUACAUCCAGUCUGAGCCCAGUGCUUUCAUACUUUUUCAAGUCGCACUUCUUUUCCUCCUCCAGAAAGCAGAGCAGCAGACACAUGGAAUGAAGCGACGCUGCCAGCCAGACUGAAAUUUGAUUUAAAGAAAGAAAAUCUGAUUAUAACAGUAAAUUCAAAAUUAAAUGGCCUGUUACAGUGUCAACAGGAGAAAGAAAGAUGAAAGCAGAGGAAAUUAUCAGAGUUAAAGGGUCAUACUGGUACACCUUUCAGCCCAUUAAAUAUAAUUGUAGGCUGUAACUGAUCAUUUUCUAAAUCAUCCAUCGCUUCAUAGAUUGAUUUCUUGCUUCCCGCCAGCCAUUUGUUUAUUUCAUUUAUAUGAAAAUAAACCUGCGGAGACUUUAAAUUCAAUAAGCCGGGCUCCAGGCAUUGUAUAGCUGUACAUAAACACUCAAUGGUGCAAAUCAUAGCUUUGUAGGGGGGAGGAAUGGGUAGGAAAAUGUUGACAGGAAUUACAGUCUCAUCAUCAGAUUACCUGACACUUCCUGCAAUAUAUAUUCCAACAUUGUCAACAGGAACUGAAGGUCAUGUUGUGCAGCUGACAGCAUGGAAUCUUUCCUAAACUCUCCCUGUUUGUGAGUCUGAAGAAACUCCUGACAUCUUAGAUUGGACAGUUUCCUGCAUAACCACAGUCCACUAUGUUCUUCGUAAAUGAGCCCUGAGUCAGGCUGGAUCCAAAUUCUAUUAAUCUGGUCGAAAAAGGUCCUGUUAGAUUAUGGUGAGUCUCAGGUCUGUGUGUCAAUAUGCCUAAUAGCCUAUUGUACUCUCUAUCUGCUUGUAUGGGCGUAUGGAUGUCGGGUUCCCUCAUGAGAAACUCUAGUUUCAAAUGUGAAAUGAAUCUUAAAACUGAUGGGAGAUUUAGAAAAUGAUCAGCAGUAUAAACAGUUUUGUUUAGUGAGCUAAAACAUGACAGUUUGGUCCAGUUUACAUUACAUGGGCCUUUUGCCAUGACACAAUAAGGCUUUGCAGGUAUUAGCACGUCUAAACACGUUUUAAAACAGUGAGGUCACAUUUAAUUGAAUCAAGAUUGUUAUUAGAUGUCAUUACCCUGCAUUUAAUUGUUUUUACUUUUAAGCAUUUUCAUAAUUUGAAUGGAGAUUUUAAUUAACUGUUCACCUUAGUAGUCAUUCGUCAAGACAUCUGAUUAAAAUACACAAGGCCUUCUCGCUCAUAAACACCAGCUCACAGUCUCUGGAUACCACUAACAAGCUAUUAAUCAUGAUGCAUUUACUCUUGCCAGUUUUUGUUGCCGUUGAGAUACAUAGGACAUCUUACGUGCCUUUACUUUUCACCGUUAUCUUUCUUUUUCUGUAUUUAGUGAUUUUGUUUGAAGUCUUUGUGAAAUGUUAAAAUGUGCUCUGUGUUAUGUUAAUUUGUUCCUCCAGCACAGCCGACACACAGGAAACAGAUGAGACGUUCUGCUCUGCUGAGGGUUUUUCCCCAAAAGCACUGUGUCCUUUUUAAACAGAGAGAAUUAAGAGAAGAUGGGUUAUUUUACUUCAGUGGCACAGAUGCAGCAUUCUAGCAGCUGUCUGGAAACAGGCACAUCAGACAUCCUCCAUGUAGUGAUGACUAAACGGAUGGAUUGUCCUGGACCUGAAUUAUUACAAAUCAGAUCCACAACAGCCAGUGUGUCCAUCAAACUGUCCGCAGGCUCUCCAUAAGUCUCACACUAUAAAGAAAACCAAAACCAAAACAUCCAUCCUCAUAAAUCAUUUAGUCUCAGAUUCAACCUAACAAAUCUAUUUUUAUUCAGACAACAAUGAGUCGGUUAAGUGAGAUUCUUUCACUUAUUCUUAAUUCAUUUGAUGUCUUUUUUGUCUUUUUUGUUUGACAAAACUGUGAUUUUUCUUUCUCAAAAACCAAGCAAUACCUGCAAUAUUUUUUUAUUAUUACCCAAUAUAGUAACAUUAAAUGGAUCUUGCACAAGCUAUAACUAGCAGCAGAUUCUGCUUGUUCAGUUAAAGCCAGGAGAAGCAGGAAUGUGUUUCUGUGUAGACAUGCAGCAGUUUGUGUCUGUGCCACUGAGGGAACACUUUUGCAUACUUUUUCAUUAUAAUUUAUUUGCCAGACAGUGGCACGAUGUAACAUUCAUCUGCGUCCUCUAUUGUUCGAAUUUAAACCCCUGAACACAAGCCAAUCCUGCGGCACCAAAGACCAGCCCAUAGCAGACGCGUUGUUCUUGACCUGCUUUUCAUCACACUCAUUAAAUAUGACUUAUAACUUACGUUAUUGUAUUGCAUUUCCUACUCAUGUCCACUCAUUUCUAGUGUGAAAAUCAAAUGAGUUGGAACCUACCGUAUUACCACACAACAUAACCUUGACAAGAAUAAUGCAGAUGUUGACUGGUAGAUGAGCUCAGUUCAUUUUAAUAGAAAUGACUGAAAUCACUGGCUGCUCGAAGGGAAGUGACUUAAUCUGAAAAUUGAUGGUAUGAUUGGGAAAUUAUAAAGUACAAGUAUGUGAUUUGAAGUUAAUGGACUGAUACAUCCAAAAAUACUAGUAUGCAUCUUCAGCUGAUCCCAGAACAGUGACAUAAUGAUCGUCCUCCCAAGAGGAAAUUAUUAUGUUAAGUUAUUAAACUGUCAACUUUAUCAUCCAGUGCAAGUAAAAUACAAAAUAUCCAUUUUCAUUUUGAUCCACUCAUCCAUGAGGAGAAAAAAUGGCCUUUAAUACUGGAAAGUAAAAGGAAACUAGAAGAUCUAUUUGAUCACAACAGACAUUGUGUAUUUUUUCCCCGUUAAACUUAACACAGGGAAUGACGAACCAAACCCUUUGUUUCCGUGUCGAUACAAAGGCUUCUCUUCCACAGUCUGGCCUCGAGCAGCCACACGUUUGUUUCUUCUUCUUUUUUCUUGUUGCCUCUACAUGUGUAUUUUACUGUGGAGAAAAGCGUAGCUGCAGCAGAACUACAUUACAGAACCCUGCUUUUUUACAGUGUACAGUUCCACUAGAGUAGUAGUAACUUUUUUUAUAACCAAACUUAAUAUAUAAUUAGUAUUAUUACUUUUUUUCGAGUGCUCUUUAAAAUUAUUAUUUAUAACCUUGUGAUAUUUCUGCAAUUGUAAAUUUAGUUUAGCAAAGAACAAAAUAAAAAAGGACUGAAGUUUUUGUUUUGUUUUUUCCUUUUCAUUUGUUGCCUUAAACGGUUUCCGUACUUUUUUUAAUAAUAUUGUAGAAAAAUUAUUUACAUUUCUUAAUGAAACAUUUAACCAAACAGGGUCACUCUGAGGACACACAGUCACCACAAUUUUGUUUAUUUUCAGUCUAAAAUAUGUAGAUCGAUACCAUCUAUGCAGUUAUCAUUUCUAACUAUAACCUGUACAUAAUGACAGACAUGUUCCUGGGGUCUGUGAUGUUUUCAACACACGAGUAGUUGAACAGAUCAAGUGUAGUUCACUUUUGUAGAAUCCUGUUUAAGAUAGAUAUUCGUCACAGCCACCUUUUAGUCAACAUGUUAGUAAAAGAUGAUUUGUAGGUAAUAGAUUGCAACAUGCAGAAACACACCAGGAUGGGCCAAUCUGUGCAGGCUUGUGAACUCGUCCUGUGGUGGCUGUGUGAAUCUCAGAAACACCAACCAGACCUGUUAAGGUGGAAACUGGAGAGGCUUUGCUAUGGCAUUUCAAAGGGAAACUCAACUUCAUUAACUUCUUUCUUUGGGUGUGUCACUCCUGUGUGGGAACCAUUGACGAUCAAAAAGGGACAAAUUACAUGAUCAAAAAAGACCACGUGAAUUUUGGUCAGGGAUGUGUUCACUUUAAAAGUGGCCUGAUUUUGGUGUGAAACGGACUCAGUCUGCAGUAACAGUGACAAUUUCAGGCCGACGGCUUUCUAAAGAGAGAAAGAAAUAAUGGGGGUAGAAAAAAAGUAAAAAAUUAUUUGGACCUCAUCUCAUCGGGGUGAAAGGGGCCAAAUUAAAACGGCCCUUAUCUCUUCUCACACAGACAAUUAUUCCAUUUCCUGAACAUCAUUGUUUGACAGAGGAGCUGACAGAAGGAGUUCUCUGAGUAAAUACAGUUUGACUUCGCCCUUUAAAAAAAAGUCCAAUCCCCGAGUCAUUAUAACCAAAUUAGCUUAGUGACUGCAAUAUAAGAGUGUACAUUUUAUUAAUUCUCGUGAGAGGGAUGAUGAUGAUGAUGAUGAUGAUGAUGAUGAUAAUGAUGAUGAUGAUGAUGCUGCGAAGUUUCUAUCCACAAUGUUGUAUACAAUUGCUGGUUUUGUAAUGCACUGUAGAACAGUCCCAUGGUCCUUUUUUAUAGAAAUGUUAUUUCAAUGGUGCAUUUUUUUUUGGUUUGAUAAAUAAAGUUUUGAUACAAA